CUUCAAAUAUUGGCCAAUCAUUUACAUUCUUACUAACAAAGGUAAAACAGGCUUGGGGGUAUUAAGUUUGCGUUGUAUAACAAUUGACAAUUGAUUUCUGAUUCCCAUUUCAUCCUUUUUCUCUCAUCGUCCGAAUCGAAAUCACCUCCCAAUUGUAUAGAACCGUACAAACGAUACACACGAUACAUACGAUACAUACGAUACAGAGCCAAGAUGCUCGAGUACUUCACUAUCAAGAAGUUGAAGAAGCACCGUGAAGAUAAGGCUGAGAAGCAACGAUUGGAAAAAGAGGAGAGAACGAAAGAAAAGGGGAAGGGAAAAGAAGUCGAGAUCACAACAAAAUCCAGCCCCGCAAUCUCGACCUCCGCAUCCUCUAGUUCUCCCGAGUUUGUCUUAGAGACAGUGGAGGGUAUGCCUAUCCUCGAUAAGGAGGACGAAAAGUUUCUCGAGAGACUUACCUCUCCAUCAGAUACUAAUGAUGACGAUGACGAAACCCCGCCUCCUCUACCCCCGCGCGUGAAGACGCCUGUGAUCGAGAUAGACAGCGAUUCGUCUAGCCUCGUUAGUAAAGACGAAAGUAAUGGUAAUAAGAAAGAUGCCUCUGCUAAGGAUAGCAACGGCAAGGCCAAAGAACAAGAUAAGGAUGACGAGAAACCCGAUCACAAACCCAAGCGCUUCGCCUUCGUCACAAACCUCUCCCGCAACAUAAGCCUCAAGCGCAAGCCCGACGACAAGCACGAACACAAGGGCAAGCACAAGAAAGACCAACACCUCACCGUACCCCCCUCAACCACAACCGCCACCACCGACCCGGAGCAAGAAGCGCAGAAGGAAGAAGAAGAUAUGGCACACGUCCUCGAGGACCUAAACCUCGCCGCAUCAACCGACAACAAAGCCUUCUCGCUAUCAAAAGAGUCAGCAGAGACGCUGCGCAAGUUCACACAGGUGCUCAAGGACCUCGUCAACGGCGUGCCGACAGCAUACCAGGACCUCGUAGGACUAAUCGAAGACCGCGACGGCGUGCUCGCCCGCUCCUACGAAAAGCUGCCCAAGAGCCUCAAGAAGCUCGUCGCCCAGCUCCCCGACAAACUCACCUCCUCGCUCGCCCCGGAACUCUUAGCCGUUGCGGCUGAAGCGCAGGGUUUGAAAGUCGAAGAGGAGGCCGGGAAGGAAGGCGCGAAGAAACUGCUUAGUCCCGGGAACCUGAUGGAGUUGGUGACGAAACCGGGCGCGGUGGUGGGGUUGUUAAAGGGCAUUGUGAAUGCGCUGAAGACCCGGUUCCCGGCGUUCAUCGGCACGAAUGUGCUUUGGAGUAUGGCGGUUUUCUUGCUCCUGAGCGUGCUUUGGUAUUGCUAUAAGAGGGGGAGAGAGGUUAGGCUCGAGAAAGAGGCUAGUGAGGCGGCGGAUAAGGCGGUGGGUGAGCCCGGGGUGGUUGUUGGGGAGGUUGAGGAGGUUGAUGAUAUGGAGGGGGGGAAUGGGGAUUCGGGGAAGAGUAGGAGUGUACCGCUUAUUGAGGCGGUGCCGAGUGGGUCUCAGUCACAGACGCAGCAGCCGGCUAUUUCGGUGUCUGGGCCGGUGGAGGAGGGGGGUGGGAAGAAGUAAAUGGGAUAGGAUGAUGGUGUCGUUUAUGAUAGCAUUAGGGGAGUAUGGUGGUGCGGCUGGAAAAGGGGGGUAAGGAAAAGGAGUGUGAGAGGAAAAUGGGAAUGGGGAAAGGGGAAAGGGAGGGAAAGGUUCAGGUUGAUCCCGACCUACUCAUCAUUCACGAGGUUACGAGGCUUUACGCUUGACGGAUUGUUGUAAUAUAGAGAUACCCGGUUGCUUUAUAUGUUUAUAUGAGGAAUUAGAGUUUCGUUACGUUAUGUUGUGUUUGUUAGGUAUGUUUGAUUUUUAUGGUGGUUUGCUUGGUAAAUCGAAUUUUGAGCGGAUUCGAAGGGUUUAGGAUGUUCGAGAUAGACAAGGAAUGAGG